AUGAAAAGAUCUUUUACUACAUCAUCAGCAGUUGAGAAAAUUAGAAACAAGCAACCAAGAAUACAUUGGCCUGAUCAAAUUUGGAAAAAAAUUCUGCAUCCAAGCAUUGCUAGUAUUGUAUGGAAAAUUCAACAAGGGGUGUACACUGAUGAUGAGAAAUUAAACAAGAAAGGCUAUUCUCUUGUUUCUAAAUGUUGUAUCGGCCAGCAUCAUCAGGACAGUAUGGAUCAUCUCCUGUGGACCUGCAGUUUCAACAAGCAUAUAUGGCAAUGGUUAGUCACUAUUUUCCAAUUCCAAAUACCUACUUCCUUCUCAGACAUUCUCAAGUUUGCAAAACAUAAAAGCUCAAUUGUCAAACAAGCUUGGAUAACAACAGCAUGUGCAACUAUGAGAGAACUAUGGUUCCAAAAAAAUAAACUUAUUCAUGAGAACAUACCUCCAAAUUUGGAGUGCUUCAAAAGAAAAAUCAUGAGCUUAGUGUUCCAUGGUGGUUACAGAAUGGCAGGUACAAGAUGGGGGAAAAAUUAUAAUUCUGAAAUACUUCAAUUCUUUAACCUUGGUCAGAGAAAUAUGAAGUUCAAAAGAAUACAAGAAUGUCAGUGGUUCAAUCCAAAUGAAGGCUAUGUUUUAUUUUGUUGUGCUGGAAUGGCUGUUGGUAAUCCAGGUAUGGCUGGUUUUGGCAUUCUAGCUAGAGGUCAUGAUUUUCAGGUCAUUGCCACUGUCUCAGGUGGGACUGGUAUUGCUACUACUUACGUAGAUGAUGCACUAGCUGUUGUGUGGGAUAUAGAAUGGGCAGUUAAAUUACAAUGCAGCAAGAUAUUCAUCAGAUCUCACUUUCUUACAGUAAUAGAAGAUGCAAAAAAAGGUGUGAUUCCUUGGUGCUUACAAUCAAGAUGGAUGAAAGCCAAGAAGGAGAUUACUGAAACUAUCUAUGAACAAUCUUAUAAAGAAGUGAACUUUUCUGCAAUUGAGCUAGCUAAACAGGGUGCUAGAUUACCUCAGGGGUCUGUGGUAGUUAAUAGAGGGAAUCCUUCAUCUCUAUCUCAAAUAGAAUUACCAGGUAGAAAGUAUUAUAGAUUCUGUUAG